AUGUCAACCCCGAAAUACUGUAAUCACUCCUUUAACAUCAUCAAGUCAGAGACCACGUUGAUCCAAUGGGCCUGCUAUAUCUGUCACUCUGGUCCCCACUGGCUUAUUUUUCAAUGCAAAUACUGCAACCUAAAGACAUGUCGUCCGUGUGCUAGCAAGGGCUUUUAUCCACAUCAGUACAUGCCAAAAAUCGCCGGAUAUGUGAUAUAA